CUACAGCCCUCGGUGGCCCGACUUAGCAGUCCUCAGCUGGGCCACUGGAGGAAGAAGUAUAAGAAAGAUCCCCGAAAAGGUGAAACAUCAAUUGCAUUGUAAGGAAUGCUAAAAGUGAGUGAAGGAAGUGGCUUACGAGCGUUUGAGCUGGCAACAGGAAUUCUUUGAGGAGAACUCUUGCUUUCUUUUGACCAUCCUUGCGUUUCUGGAUUGAAAAGAAAAUGGCAGGCGUGAGCAGCUGCAUGAAGUACUCCAUGUUCAUCUUCAACUUUGUUUUUUGGGUGUGUGGUUGUAUUAUUCUGGGAGUCUCUAUAUGGAUGCGUGUAAGCAAAUCUGCUCAGGAAGAAUUCAAAAUCGAUGACAGCAUGUUUUCUGGAGUUUACCUCCUUAUCGCCGUGGGCUCCAUCAUCAUGGUGCUUGGUUUUCUGGGUUGCUGCGGUGCCGCAAAGGAAAGCCAGUGCAUGCUUCUACUGUUUUUCAUUGGACUACUCCUGAUCCUUCUUCUCCAGGUUGUAGCGGGCAUAUUGGGAGCAGUAUAUAAGUCAGAGGUUGAAAGUGCCAUAAACGCCACCAUCCAGGAGGAGGUGAAUCAGCUGAAAACAGAUGCCACAUUUCAGGCUCAGUUUCGUGAAUUUGAGAAAGAGAACAAAUGUUGUGGUUUAUUGAAUGGAGAAAAGGACUGGCAGGGAAGUGUUACCAUUAGAGAUGGCUGUGCAUGUCUUUCAGCAGAUGUAGGAACCAGUGUCUGCGCCAGUGGUACAAACAAGUACACAAAGUCAUGCAAAGAUAUAGUCAUUGAUUUCUUCAAAAACCACAUGAUCAUACUCAUGGGGAUCGCAUUUGGAUUGGCAUUUAUUGAGGUUCUUGGUCUGGUGUUUUCAAUGAGCCUUUACUGCCAAAUCCAGAGAAAAUGAAACCACAGAAGUGUCAGAAAUCUGUCACCAGCCAAAUGAGAAACCUUUGUAGAUUGUAAGACUGAUGUUUGGCUUGGCACCCUACAAGAAGUACAUGUAUGUCAGAAACAGCUGCAAUGAUAAGAGCCGGACCACUUCUUCAUGAGUUGUGAAAUAAAAUCUGCUUAAAAUUAGGGAAACUAAUGAUCUGUAGCUGGAUUCUUUAAAAUUGCAAUUACUUGCCUUUUUGUUUAUACUUUGUAAAUCUCCCCCCCCCCCAAGAUUACAUGUCAAUAAAAUGAAACAUUUAC